AUGCUCGAGGUGGAAGAAGCUGGGCAGGUGUUCCUGUUGAUGAAGAAGGAUUAUAGAAUCUCCCGAAAUGUUCGGCUGGCUUGGUUCCUCAAUCACCUGCAUCAAACUGUGCAGGCCACACCCCAGGAGCUGCUGCUUCAGUCUGAGCAGGAGUUGGACGUCCUCAGUGUCCUGCCCCCUGGGUGGCAACCAGAUGAACCAGUGGUCCCGAGGCCAUUCCUCCUUGUUCCUUCCACUCGGGUCACCUUCCUGGCUUGGCAGUAUCGAUUUGUCAUUGAACUGGACCUUAGCCCAUCUACUGGCAUUGUGGAUGAUUCCACGGGGGAGAUCUUGUUCGAUGAAGUUUUCCAUGCUCUCUCCCGCUGCCUAGGGGGACUGCUUCGACCUUUCCGAGUGCCUGGAUCUUGCAUUGACUUCCAGCCUGAGAUCUAUGUAACUAUCCAGGCCUAUUCCUCAAUCAUUGGCCUGCAAUCCCACCAGGUGCUGGUACAAGGCUGUCUUUUGGACCCUUCCCAGCGGGAGGUUUUCCUGCAGCAGGUAUAUGAGCAGCUCUGCCUGUUUGAGGAUAAGGUGGCCACCAUGCUACAGCAGCAGUAUGAUCCCCAGAGCCAGGCAGAGGACCAGUCUCCAGACUCAACAGAGCCCCCAGGCCGGAAGGUGGGGGUCUCCAUGGUGACAGCAGAUGUUGGACUGGUCAGUAUGAUUCGUCAGGGCAUCUUGGCUCUGCAGUUGCUGCCCUCCAACUCCAGUGCAGGUAUCAUUGUGAUCACGGAUGGGGUGACCAGUGUCCCUGAUGUUGCUGUCUGUGAAACACUACUGAACCAGCUUCGCAGUGGCACUGUGGCUUGUUCCUUCGUACAGGUAGGAGGAGUUUACUCUUAUGACUGCAGUUUUGGCCAUGUGCCCAAUGUGGAAUUGAUGAAGUUCAUCGCAAUGGCAACAUUUGGCUCCUACCUGUCUACUUGUCCUGAGCCUGAGCCAGGCAACCUGGGUCUGACCGUCUACCACCGGGCAUUCCUCCUCUACUCCUUCCUCCGCAGUGGGGAAGCCCUGAAUCCUGAAUAUUACUGUGGCUCUCAGCACCGCCUAUUUAAUGAGCACCUGGUCUCUGCCAGCAGUAACCCUGCCUUGGCCCUGCGUCGGAAGAAGCACACUGAGAAGGAGGUGCCCGCUGACUUGGUCAGCACUGUGUCUGUACGGCUUCGAGAGGGCUAUAGUGUCCGAGAGCUCACACUGGCCAAAGGAGGCUCCCAGUUGGAGGUGAAACUGGUGCUGCUAUGGAAGCAUAACAUGCGCAUUGAGUACGUGGCUGCAGCGCCCUGGCCCCUGGAGCCUGAGGGUCCUCGAGGAACGCGGGUGGAAGUGACCAUGGAAGGUGGCUAUGACAUUCUGCAUGACGUAUCCUGCGCUCUGAGGCAGCCUAUUCGCUCCCUUUAUCGCACCCAUGUCAUCCGGCGCUUCUGGAACACUCUGCAGAGCAUCAACCAGACGGACCAGAUGCUAGCCCACCUUCAGUCCUUCUCCUCCGUCCCCGAGCAUUUCACACUUCCUGACAGCACCAAGAGCGGAGUACCACUCUUCUACAUCCCUCCUGGCUCCACCACCCCGGUGCUCUCCCUUCAGCACAGUGGCUCAGACUCAUCCCAUGCCCAGUUUGCUGCCUACUGGAAGCCAGUGCUGUCCAUGGAUGCUAACUCAUGGCAGCGUUGGCUGCACAUGCAUCGCCUGGUGCUUGUCCUGGAGCACGAUACGCCAAUCCCCAAGCACUUGCACACCCCGGGCAGCAACGGACGCUACAGUACCAUCCAGUGCAGGAUAGCCCACUCCUCACUAACCUCUCUGCUUCGGGACUGGAGCAGCUUUGUGCUAGUAGAGGGCUAUUCUUAUGUCAAACUGCUUUCCAGUGCCCCAGACCAGCCCCCUUCCUCCUUCUACAUGGUCCGCAUCAUUUCCAAGGCCCCAUGUAUGGUUCUUCGCCUGGGAUUUCCCAUCGGCACACCAGCACAGGCCCGGCACAAGAUUGUGUCAGACUUGCAGGAAGAGAUCCUGCAGUUACGUUUCCCCCACCGAGUACAGAGUAAGGAGCCAACACCCAAAGUGAAACGAAAAGGGCUGGGGGGCUUUGGUGGGGGCAGCUCUCCCUCCAAGUCACCCCCCAUGCUGGGACCGCAGCAGGCUCUGUCGGACCGGCCCUGCCUCGUGGUCCUACAUAAACCCCUGGACAAGCUUCUCAUCAGGUAUGAGAAGCUCCCCCUGGAUUACCGGGCACCUUUCUUGCUGACGCUGGAGCCACCUGGACCACUGCCCUUAGUGUCAGGCCGUUCAGCCUCCUCCAGCUUAGCAUCCCUGUCCCGCUACCUGUACCAUCAGCGCUGGGUCUGGAGUGUCCCGUCAGGGCUGGCCCCCUCGCUGCCCCUCAGUGCCAUCGCCCAGCUGCUCUCCAUUCUCACGGAAGUCCGCCUGUCAGAAGGGUUCCACUUUGCUUGCAGUGGGGAGGGGAUCAUCAACAUGGUCCUGGAGCUCCCAAUUCAGAAUGAGCCACCCGGGCAGGCUGCAGCUGAAGAGAAACACACCUGUCUUGUCCAGUACAUCCUUUUCCCCCCACAUUCUACCUCCACCAAGGACAGUUUCUCAACAGAUGAUGACAAUGACGUAGAGGUGGAGGCUCUGGAGGGAGACUCCGAGCUCAAUCUGGUCACAGAGGUUUGGGUGGAGCCACAGUAUGGUCGUGUGGGCCCUGGCCCCGAAAGCUGGAAGCACCUCCAGGGCUUGACAUACUUGGAGAUCCCUCAGGCUCUCCACCCACGGGAUGCCGCCUGCAUAGGCUCCAUGCUGAGCUUUGAAUAUCUGAUACAGCUAUGUCAGAGCAAGGACUGGGGUCCUCUGCCCCCGGAGCCAAGGGCCUCAAAUGGAUUGGACCAGGGAGGAGAUGCCUGUGUUGAGAUCCCUUUCCAUUUUGACCUCAUGGGUUUGUUGCCACAAUGCCAACAACUCCAGAUGUUCUUCCUUCUGCUUUCCCGAGAGCCAGAGGGUGUUCCUCUCGCCGAGGGGCCCUGUCCCGCCAACGACAUGGUGCUGUGCCUGCUGCACAGCUGCCUGGGGCAGGAGCUGAGUGACCGGGAGAUCCCACUGACCGCUGCUCACCAGGCUGCCUUCUUGAGUGAGAUACAGCGACGGACUUGCCAAGGUUCAGGUCCAGAGGGACUACCAAUGGGGAGCCGAGGAGUCCUGAACGAUCAAGUUGUCAGCAGUGCCCCGGCCACCGGAGACUCAGCUCUUACCAUCCUGAGUGUGGCUUCUCCAGAAUCACUCAAGUCUCUCAUUCCUGCCCAGCCCCUUCAAUGGCGCUGCUAUGCAAGACUUGUGACCCCCCAGCAUGUAUUUCUGACAUUUCUCCCCGCUACCUUCACAGAUGCCCAGCGCCUGGCUGCCUAUGGCUUGGAGGGACCCUCUCAGGAGGAGACAAGGCCUAAGUGUGGAGAUUGGAGUAUGACCCCUGGCCUCAGAGAUCUGGGAGGAGCUGGGGUCAGGACUGCAAAGUCCCAGGUUCCCAUCCUCAGUGUAACCCCAGCCAGUGACAAUGUCCAGACUCCAGGAGAGCUGAGCCCACCCUUCAUUCAGGGUUUACAGGCCGAUACUGGGCGUCAGCCUCCCCAAACCGAGGGUGCAGAUGGGCCCAGGACCAGGUGUCCUGUCUAUAUCUAUAGCUGUUCCCUUGAAGCACUAAGAGAGCAAAUGGUUGGCAUGCAGCCUCCUCCGGUACCCCGAGAUCUCAGCUUCCGAACUCAGUUCCUCGACCAUUCAUCCCCAUCCUCAGCCUGGAUGGAGCCCAGGUACAAGGAGGCAGCCAACCACUGUGCCCUGCUGCAGGAGCACGCACAGCGAUGCUAUGUCCGUGGGUUGUUCCGGAGCUUGCAGCAAGCACAAAGCGUGACCUCCCAGGACCUGCUGACAGCAGUGGAUGCCUGUGAAGAGCUGCUCCAAGAGGUGGACAUCACCCCCUUCCUGCUCACACUGUGUGGCCACACCUGGGGCUUGCCUCACGCGCCCCCAAGCCCUGGUCCUCUCAGCCCUGGACCCUUCAGCAGCAGCAUGGAGGAGGGCCCCGAGCCUCGGGAGAGAGCUGUUCUAGCUUCUGAGUCCAGCAUAGAGACUGAGGACUUCAGUGAGCCUGAGUUCCAAAGCACUCGUGUCCUUGGCCAGCCAGACCCUGGCCCAGAGAUCUGUCUGACAGACGUCUGCCAGCUCAGAGGACAGGCACAUGAUGCCCUUCAUAGCCUCGUCCAGGAAAAGUUCUUGGAGAUCAGCCGUCUCCACUUCCGCACAGUGCCCUCCAACCCUCACUACUUCUUCUAUUGCCCUCCAACCGGCAGGCGAGAGGAUGAGGGCCCCCAGGAUACAGUAGACAGAAAAGUCAGUGACUUGGAGUUUUCAGAGGCUGAGCUGAUAGGAGAAGAAGGAGACACAUCUGCCUGCUGUGUGGUCACUGAGAGUGAUCCAGAGCUGGAGGUGGAGUACUGUGAGAGUCGCGAACCAGACCUGGGGCCUGCUGGGCUGGACUCCACCUCGCUGUCAGAUGCAGACACUGUGAACGCUGAUGAGGACUCCUUCAGUGUUCUGGGGGGCGACUCGCCCACUGGGCCCGAGACAUUCAUGCAUGAUCUGCCACCACUCUUCUUACACCUCACGUGCUCCAUGAGGCUGCGUGGACAGCACAGCUCGGUGCCCGUGUGCAGCCUGCCCACCUGCCUGGGCCAAGUGCUUUCCAGUCUGGAGGGCCCCCCCAUUGGAGGCCGAGUUCCCUUGAGGGACCUCAGUGUCACUCUGGAUGUCUUUGUACUGACCUUGCCCCUAGAAGUGGAACUUCCCCCGCCCUCGGACCCUCAGCACCACCGGUCAACUUCUGAGAGUAGUGCUUCAUUCCCACGAUCUCCCGGGCAACCAUCAUCUUUAAGGUCAGAUGAUGGUCUGGGACCACCACUGCCACCUCCAGGAGAAGAGAGGCACCCAGGACUGUCCAACUUGGCCACACCUCACAGGCUGGCGAUUGAGACCACCAUGAGUGAGAUCCGCUGGUUGCUGGAAGAUGAGAUGGUGGCAGCACUGCGCAGAGGGGGUAUCCCCCAGAGCCCUGCCCUGCACCGUGCAGCUGCCCACAUUCAUAGCUCUCCGGGGCGCUCCACCUGCCUUCGCCAAACUUUGCCACUGAGUUUUGUGUUUGGGCCAGAGCGCUCCCUCACACAAUUCAAGGAGGAGUUCCGCCGCCUCCACCUUCCUGGCCAUGUUCUUCUUGAGGACACUGACAGUGGCUUCUUCUUUGUGGCAGCUGGCCAACAGCCAGCUGGGUCCCGUGGGGAGCUGCCUCCAGUGGCCUGGGAUUGGCACAACCAUGAGGAUAGGACUGAAGGCGUCGAAGGGGAGGCCCUGACAGCCAGUCCAGAGGAUUCUGAGGGCCCUGCUCUCAUCAGCCUGCCCAGCCUGCCGCAGGGAGAGAGCCAUUCGGGGCCCAGCCGGGGACUAAGCCUCCUGUCCAGUCAGGGCAGUGUGGACUCAGACCACCUAGGAUAUGAUGGUGGCAGCAGCGGCUCAGACAGCGAGGGUCCCUCUGAAGCCCUUGGGGAGAAGGUCUCGUUCACACUGAGAACCCCACCUGGAUCAGCACCUCCACAGCCUUUACUGUCAGGCCUCCCCGGACCGUCCCUGCCUGACUUCUGGCUCAUCGUCCGGGUACUACAAGAUCGUGUGGAAGUCUAUGCCCAUGCACGGAGCAUGAUACGGGAGGACGGAGGGCCAGGCGCCGAGUGUCGCCACCUGCAGCAGCUCCUAGUGAGGCGAGUUGGGGAAAUCUGCAGGGAGGUCAACCAGCGACUACUUCUUCAGGACCUUCAUGACAGUCAUGUGUGUAACUCUCUUCUGGUGGCUGAAAGCGAAGAAGAUUUGUGGCGCAGUGAGACCCCCUUCCAUUCCCGUCAGCAGCUGCCACUGCCCAGCGAUGAUUAUGCUGCUGAUGAGAACUGUGCGCCCCGAGGAUACCUUGCAGCCACAAUGCAGUUUGUCCCUGGUCAUUUCUCCUGUGAUGUGGUGUGGGGAACUGUGAUCCGAGUCCAUUCGCGCCUCAAGAUGGGGCCUAGCAUGGGGGUGUCUCGGGCCAUCCAGGCCCUACGCUCUGUGCUCAAUGCCUUCUCAGUGGUGAACCGGAAGAAUAUGUUUGUCUAUCAGGAGCGAGCAACACAGGCUGUGUACUACCUUCGCCUCCUGGAGACAUCCUGCAGUGACCGGCCAUGGGAAGGUGAUGUUGGACCCCGCUCUCUCGCUUUGUCCCGGAGCCAGGAGCCCAUCUGCCCUGAGGAAGCCUCGGGUCCUCGUUCCCCCCUGGACGUGGCUGCCAGCCGCAGUUCGGAUGCUGCUCGCCCUGUGGGCCAAGUGGACAGACACAUCCAGCUGCUGGUGCAUGGUGUAGGGCAGGCAGGUCCCGAGAUCACAGAUGAACUAGUGCGGGUUCUGCGUCGGCGCCUGGAUGAAGCUACCCUGGAUGUAAUCACGGUCAUGCUUGUUCGGAACUGCAAGCUGACACCAGCUGAUGUGGAGUUCAUCCAGCCCCCUGGGAGCCUCCCCUCUGAGGUGCUGCAUCUGGCCCUACCCUGCUCCUGCAGGCCCUGGCUUCCUGCCCUAGCCUGGUACCUGCGGCAGAACUUGCUCAUCUUCCUCCACUCUCCCAAGUACACAGACAGCAACAGCCAGAACCACUUCCAGCAUCCAUUCCCACCACAGGGCAGCCUCCCAGACUUGGACAUCUACUUGUACAACAAGCCUGGUGGACAGGGCACUGGGGGCAAAGGAGUCGCCUGCAUCACUCUAGCCUUUGUGGAUGAGGGAGGGACUCCCAUAUCACUGGCAUCGUGGCCCCCGACUUCUCUUGGGCCCCCAGACCCACUGCAAGAGGAGGAAUUUGAGCAACUGACCCAGGUUACGCGCUGCCCAGUUGUGCUCAACAACUCUCCAGCUCAGAACGGGGGCCCCCGACUUCGGUUGGAUGUGUGGGAAAAGGGAAACAUCAGUAUUGUACAGCUGGAGGAAAAGCUCCGAGGAGCAGCUCGCCAGGCCCUGGCUGAUGUCAUCAUGGAGCUGCGGCUGCUGCCAGCUCCGCUGUGUAGAGAGGAUACCACCCCAGGAAGUCUCAGGAGUGGAUCAUUGGAAACCAAGAGCCCUGCAGGCCAAACCAGCACGUUUCCCCCUGCUCCUGUCUCCGGGGAACCUGUAACUCCCCCCAGUAAAGCUGGCCGGCGCAGCUUCUGGGAUAUGCUGAGUAAAACAGAAUGUGGGGAUCUGGGUUCCCCCAAAACAACUGAUGACAUUGUCCUGGAUCGGCCAGAAGACACUCGGGGCCGGAGGCGUCACAAAACUGAAAACGUUAGGACUCCCGGUGGAAGUGAGCGGGCACCAGGCCCAGAUUCUGGAGCCCAGAGACAAAGACGCCGGUUAACACAGCUAGAAGAGGGCGAGGUGGGAAACCUUCAUCCUGUGUUUGCUCGAAUCACUCAGCGCUGGCUGGAGUUUAUGGUUCAGAUUGGUUGUGCCUCUGUGUCUAGGAGCUCCACCCACAUGGUGUCCCGGUUCCUGCUUCCAUCCAUCCUCUCAGAGUUUACCACUCUGGUCACCUCAAUGGCUGGAGACACCAGUGUCCGAGUCUUUGAACAGCAUUUGGGUUCAGAAUCGGAGCUCUUCAGUCCUUGUUCCCAUGGCCAGCUGGGCCCCACUCCCUGUCCAGCAGCUGAGCGGCAUCUGCUGCUACUGGGAAGGAGCUUCUCACAGUGGCGGAGACCAACUCAGCAGGCUGCCAAAGCUUUGCAGCGCUUUGAGCCGGGAGGUGAUGGUUGCUCAGGGCGGAAUGCUCCCCGCCAGAGGCUCUUGUUGCUGGAGGUUGUAGACAAGAAGCUACAGUUGCUGACCUACAACUGGGCUCCAGACCUGGGGGCGGCAUUGGGCCGAGCGCUGGUUCGCCUUGUGCAGUGGCAGAACGCACGGGCCCAUCUCAUCUUCUGCCUCCUGAGCCAGAAGCUUGGACUGUUCCACCACUAUGGGCAGUUGGACUUCCCAGUGCAAGAUGAAAAGGAGCCAAACCCAUUUCUACUGCCUACUGUGGAAGCCGAGACCCUUAUCCGGAGUGCAAGUCCCCCACUGAGCCGUGAGCAGGGCCGCCUGAGUGGGUCCUCACGUGGUGGAGGUCCCCUUCCCCUGGACACAUUCCCCUUCGAUGAGGCCUUGAGGGAUAUCACAGCUACCCGGCCCAGCUCCACACUCAGUCUGGUGCCCAGAGUUCCUGAUGCCGUCACCUUCCAUGGGCAGCAGUUCCUGGAUAUCAAGAUGACAGAGCGCAGAGAGCUGGAGCGCCAGAUGAAGAUGGAAAACCUGUUUGUAACCUGGCAGCAGCGUUCUGCCCCGGCCAGCAUGCCCAUCAGUGCAGGGGAGCUGGAGACCCUGAAGCAGUCGUCUCGCCUGGUGCAUUACUGUGCUACAGCCCUGCUCUUUGACCCGGCUGCCUGGCUACAUGGGCCACCAGAGACUUCUGGGCCCCCUGAAGGACAGCGGCGCCAUCGUCCCGAGUCAGGAUCUGGGAGCCGAGAGACCACCCCCAGCUGCGAACCCUCCGAUACGCCUUCACCAGGCGUCCGUGAGGAGCCGUGGCUAAAGGAGCUGAGCUUGGCGUUCCUGCAGCAGUAUGUGCAGUAUCUGCAGAGCAUAGGCUUUGUGCUGGUGCCCCUGCGGCCCCCCUCGCCUACCCGCAGUAGUAGCCGGCUGAGGAUGGCGGCUGCCUUUGCAACUGAAACCCGAGGCUCCUUCUCCUGCCCUAAAACCAAGGCUGAUGGGAGCCCCAAGAGCACUGGUUCUGCACUCACUACCUACCACCUGCAGCGGGCACUGCCCGGGGGUAUCAUCCUCAUGGAACUGGCUUUCCAGGGCUGUUACUUCUGUGUCAAACAGUUUGCCCUAGAAUGUUCCCGAAUCCCUAUGGGACAGGCUGUUAACUCUCAGCUGUCCAUGCUAUUCACAGAGGAGUGUGACAAGGUACGGGACCUGAUGCAUGUGCACUCAUUCAGCUAUGACUUCCACCUGCGCCUCGUGCAUCAACAUGUACUGGGCACCCACCUGGUCCUCCGGCACGGCUACCACCUCACCACCUUCCUGCGACAUUUCCUGGCCCAUCACCCUGAUGGGCCCCACUUUGGCCGCAACCACAUUUACCAAGGGACACUGGAGCUCCCCACCCCACUCAUCGCUGCCCACCAGCUUUACAACUAUGUGGCUGAUCACGCCAGCUCCUACCACAUGAAGCCAUUGCGUAUGGCCCGGCCAGGGGGGCCAGAACAUAACGAAUACGCCCUGGUAUCCGCAUGGCACAGCUCUGGCUCCUACCUGGACUCUGAGGGACUUCGUCACACAGAUGACUUUGAUGUGUCUCUGCUGGUCUGUCACUGUGCUGCUCCCUUUGAAGAGCAAGGAGAGGCUGAGCGACAUGUUCUGCGGCUGCAGUUCUUUGUGGUACUCACCAGCCAACGAGAGCUGUUUCCCAGGCUCACUGCUGACAUGCGUAGGUUCCGGAAGCCACCCAGACUUCCCCCUGAACCAGAGAUUCCUGGGAGCUCAACUGGUAGCCCUGGGGAGACCUCUGGGGCUGGUUUUUCCCCUGGACCCGCUCCCCUGUUCCCACCACUGGCUGCAGAGGUGGACAUCGCACGGGCACGGUUAGGUCAGCUAGUACGGCUGGCUGGAGGGCACUGCCGUCGGGACACACUCUGGAAGCGCCUCUUCUUGCUGGAACCACCAGGCCCUGACCGGCUACGGCUAGGGGGGCGCCUAGCCCUGGCAGAGCUAGAGGAGCUCCUAGAAGCCGUUCAUGCCAAAUCCAUUGGGGACAUUGACCCUCAGCUGGACUGCUUCCUGUCCAUGACAGUCUCCUGGUAUCAGAGCCUGAUCAAGGUUCUGCUGAGCCGCUUCCCCCAGAGCUGCCGCCAUUUUCAGAGCCCAGACUUGGGGACACAAUACCUGGUUGUGCUGAAUCAGAAGUUCACUGACUGUUUUGUGCUCGUGUUUCUGGAUUCUCACUUGGGAAAGACGUCUCUGACAGUGGUUUUCCGAGAGCCUUUCCCAGUACAGCCCCAGGACAGCGAGAGCCCCCCUGCACAGCUGGUCUCCACCUACCACCACCUGGAGUCUGUCAUCAACACAGCUUGUUUCACCCUCUGGACCCGCCUCCUCUGAGGGAGUGGACCACUGAAUGCCCCUGUUCCUCAAAUCAUGGACCGACAGUUGGCCUACUUGAGGCAGGACUGAGGAGUCCUGCUCUGGGCCCAGUUCAAGCCUGAAGGUGAGUGAUAGGAAGGCUUUGCACAUAUGCCUCAGGGGUCUGUGACCC